AUGGACUCUGGUGUACGUCUGCCCGCUUGUGUUCAUCCAGGUUUGACCACCGCUAACCAGAAUGCUUCGGCAUCCCGGGAACCCAGCCGUACACGGUCCUUGAACCGGCGUGUUAGCUACGGGAGCCAGUUGAGUGGAAGCCUCGAGGCGGGAGCUCCGGAUUCUCGUGCCUAUAUCACCCGCGUUAGAACGGGAGGAUUGUCAAGCUCCGGGUUUGGUAUAGAAGGGGGAGGACUGCAGGGCAACAAGGACGAGCAUGGUCUCAAGCUCCUCGGAAGUCUGUCUGAUGUUUUCGGAGACGAGUUGGUCGAGGUCUAUCUCGGCAGCUUUCAUCAACAAGCCGUCAUCUCAGAGGCCAAAAAGGUGCUGUCGCAGCCUCGUAACAGAGGUCUAGGGGUGGAACUGGUGGCAGGCGUUGCGGCGGUGGGCGUAGGGCGCCACUCAAUUGGAGCUGUCAUCACGACUUCGAAGCCGUACAAAAAGGUGACGCUUGAGAUGUCUGCGAGCACGUCCGAGCGGGAGUGUCCUGACCCACAGGGAUACAUCUCCACCACGCUCGCUGUCAUUGAGGACGCGACGGGCGUCAGCAACCUCUUCGUUUUGGACCUUUGCGACACGACCAAUGCUCAAGACCCAAGAGACGGCCGAACUAGCCUCAUGACAGCGGUGCUGGACAACAACGAGACUUUGGUAGAGAGGCUUCUCGUGGAAGGGGUGGACAUCGCGGUGACCGACACGCUAAACAGAACCGCUCUUCUUCACAGCGUCAUCAGCAAACACGAUGCCAUCACGCAGUUACUCUUGGCACACCACAGCGAGCUCGUCAGGGAUCGGCUGAACAGAGCCAGAAAGGCGAUGCUGGACCAGCGCGAUUUCUCUGGGAAGGCAGCUCUUCACCACGCUGUGGCAGAUACGGAGGAGAGGCAUCAGGUUGUUCAGAACUUGCUUGCAGCGAAGUCUCAGGGAGGGAUGGUGACUGCCGAGGACGCAAGGGGAUGGACACCGCUUCACUACGCCUGCCGGGCGCUGGCGAUGUCGGAGAGCUCAACCUCCUGUACGGCACAGGCGGGCCUUAACCUGAUAAGGGAAGGUGCAGAGGACGUGAGUAUCAUGAUGAUCAGUCGCUUGACAAAACCUCGGUGA